AUGGCCAUUCUAUUCACGUCUACUGGCCCAUCAGGCAUAAGUGAAUCGCUCUUGAGGAGGCUACUUUGUAUCUUUAUGGUAAGCUUUUUGGAUGGGUAUUCUACGUUUGGCACACAGAUGGUGGAACAGAUGAGCCUGAUGGUUGUUGAGGCGCAUCGAGAUUUUCAUUGGAUGGCCACUAGAAGCCAAGGGUCAAUGUCCACCGCCUCCGAGUUCACGCAGUAA